CUACUCGGACGGAGUUGGCGCGGCGUGCGGCAGUAUUCAUCUAGCAAAGAGAACCAACAGAACAAUCUGCACACCACCGCCGUACUUAGCAUCAAUCACAAAGCUGUCCCGCCCCUCCGUAUGCCUCCGCCGACAGCUGGCGGCAUCAAUGAGCCUCAAGAGUGUCCGUACUGCCGCAGGACAUUCUCUUGUUACUAUUCCUUGAAACGACACUUCCAAGACAAGCACGAGCAGUCUGAUACUUUGUACGUGUGCGAGUUCUGCCACCGAAGGUACAGAACCAAGAACUCGCUGACCACGCACAAGAGCCUGCAGCACCGCGGCUCCAGCGGGAUGCUGAAGCGGUUGCUGAAGACGUCGGCGCUGCACAGCGCGCUGGCGCCCUCCCCGCACCACCUGUUCGACCUGGGCGCCAGCGACCACGGACCGCAGCUGCCGCCCGGCCUUCAAUGACCUCAGACCAUGGCUUAAUUCGGUGGUAAAACUCCCUAUUCCAAAUAGACUUGGCCACGAGGACCAGGCGUAUUUGAAAUAUGGCCAAAUCGACACGGACAUGAAAGGGAUAGCAUGACACAAUGUGCAAUAUAAUGGACAAUGCCAAAACAAUGCUGGACUUUGCCGCAUUUUAAUGGUUAAUCGUAUUAUAAUUAGUAAAAUAUUGACGUUAGUUUUAAAAAUUACAUGCAGUAUUGUCGCGUGCGGCCCCUAGCGGCCGCCCAGCGCCUAGUGUACGCUUCGAGGGUCGGACUUCGCUUUGUGACUAACAGUACGCAAGUUACUGACAUUUUCUAGUGAAAAUGUUCCAACGGUGUUCAAUAUGACAAUGUAAUCCAGAGCAAUACUAAAGUAUUAAUAUUUCUAGUACUGCCAAAGUAAUGCCAACUGUAUUCUAAAGAGAAGAUGCAAUUUUUUAAAAUCACUUUUCGAUAAUUAUCUAGUGUCAAAUUAGAUUCGAUAACUGUACAAAAUGGAACGUACAAAUUUUAAACAGUAAAUUUAAAGUGGAAAGAAAAUAUUUUUUAAAGUAACUUUUUUCGGAACGCCAAAUUUAAAUGAAAAAAAAAAUACAGAUUAUUUAGGAGUUAAUUACAAAAAAAAAAAUUAGAGAAUAAAAAAUAAAUGUUAAUGUUGAGUAAAAAUCUAAAGACUUCCUAGAAUCUGAUUUCGAAAGUACAAAAUUACGUCUAAUUGAACGAUAUAAUAAUAAAUCUAUUGUAUGUGCGUAUGGCUUCAGUAAAUAAUAGUCAUCAAUGUAUAAGUAGCCGUGCCUUCGUUCGUCUGAUGCCAUAAGUUGGAUGGUGUUCGGAGACUCGCUCAAGAACGAACGACGCGACGCGGAGGCGGUGAACGAGGAACGAGGAACGGUGCCGGUGGACCGGCGAACGGUGAGCGAUAACGUGCGAUGGGGCCUCCAGGGCCCUAGAAUACAGGGUUAUGAGUGAGUAAAGUGACGUAGAAGUAGAGAUGCGCCACAUGAGCCUGUGCGAGGUCUUCGGAUAGGGAUUCGACGAUCGUAUACGUGUGCAUGAUUUGAAAUCAUGAAGUAAAAUUUAAUCAUUUCUUCUGUAUAAAAUUAUGUAGACUUUAGGUAAUAAUUGAUAGAAUUAUAUUUAACCUGUAUCCAUUUUCGGAUUUCUCUCUA